AUGGCGCCACCCUCAGCGGAUAGUCCUGUCGCUCAUCAUGUUCGAGAAGAGCCCGAGGCUUUGCAAACCACUAUAAACUCAGAACCCUCUAGCCUUCUUUCGAAGCAUUACCCUACUCCUCUAGUCUAUUCGGGUUCCCUCGAUCAAUACGAGUCCUUUGACCUGACGACAGUGAUCGGGAAAGAGUUUCCGACAGUCCAGCUUACGGAGCUUCUUAAAGACGAUUCCAAGAUCAAGGACCUAGCUAUAACGGUUUCUCAGCGUGGCGUUGUCUUUUUCCGUAACCAGGACAUUAACAUUGAAGAGCAAAAGACUCUAGCUCAAAAGUUAGGAGAGCUUUCUGGCAAACCCGAGACGUCGAAGCUACACAAACAUGCAGUAAGCAAUAGCAAGAGAGGGAUUCCGGUAGACGACAAAGGAACCCUCGAUGACGAGGUCUCUAUUGUCUCAUCCGACACACCUAGAGAAAGUGAUGGCAACAAGUUUGCUGAUCGAGCUCCUAGAAAAACGGCUAAUCACGUUUGGCAUUCUGAUAUCACUUUUGAGAAUAUUCCAUCAGAUUAUGCUCUUCUAAAGGUUGUAAGUCUUCCUGGAAAAGUAGGCGGAGAUACACUCUUUGCUUCUGGUUACGACGCAUACGACCGCCUUUCUCCCUCGUGGCAGGAUUUUCUCGAGGGUCUGACAGCGACUCAUUUCCAGCCGUCUUUCAACAAAAUAGUUGCAGAGAAAGGAAUCGAACUCAUCGAGGAAAACAGAGGAACACCAGAAAACACUGGAACGCACUUCCAGGCCGUACAUCCCGUCAUUCGGACGAACCCAGUCACGGGUUGGAAGAGUAUCUUUGGUGGGGGACAACAGGUUGAACACGGCUGGAUUAAUAACGUUACUGACCGAGAAAGCGAGCUUAUCAAGGGCUAUCUCCUCGAAACCAUUGCAUCAAACUAUGACUUGCAAGUUCGGAUCAAGUGGAAUCAAAACGACUUGGCGAUAUGGGAUAAUCGCUCCGUUUUCCAUACAGAUAUUGGCGAUUAUAAAGAGAAGCGAGUAGCACAUCGCGUGUUGUCUCUUGGAGAAAGACCAUACCUUGACAAGAAUUCAUCCUCUCGACGAGAAGCACUAGGUGGGCUGUAA